CGUGGUGUUGCGUUUUUCCCCCCCGAUCUGUUGUCCCGAUUCUUCAACGCACGAUAGGUAAUUUUCUUACGCUCUCCGAGCUAUUAAAGGUUAAAUUACGUCGUGGGCGUAGCGGCUCCUUGUAAUGGCGACCGUGCCGUAGAUGUGCCUAGGUUUGUGAAAAUGAAGCGAAGAAGAAGUUAUUUCUUUUAAGUAAAACGCCGAGGUUCCCCGGAGGAGGACUUUGCGUCUUUAACCAUCAUCUUUAUACGUGGUAAACUUAGCUGUACUUUUGAACUUUUGUGCCCCCGAAAUGAUGAAGCUCAAGUCAAAUCAAACCCGGACGUACGACGGGGAUGGCUACAAGAAGCGGGCCGCCUGUCUGUGCUUCAGGAGCGAGACGGAGGAGGAGGUGUUGCUGGUGAGCAGUAGUCGACAUCCUGACAAGUGGAUAGUUCCUGGAGGGGGAAUGGAGCCGGAAGAAGAGCCCAAUGUUGCUGCAGCUCGAGAAGUGUGUGAAGAGGCCGGUGUGAAGGGGACUUUAGGUCGCUUAGUUGGAGUAUUUGAGAACCAAGAGAGGAAACACAGAACCUACGUCUAUGUUCUUAUUGUAACAGAGGUGCUGGAGGACUGGGAGGACUCGGUCAAUAUUGGGAGAAAAAGGGAAUGGUUUAAAAUAGACGAUGCCAUACAAGUGUUGCAGUGUCACAAGCCUGUGCAGGCCACCUACUUUGAGGCUCUCCAGGAGAGUUGCCUGACCAGUAACGGAACACCUUUGGUGACCACGAUAGGCGGGGACCUCUCCCCUACCUACAGCAUCAAUCAGAGCUCUGUCUCGGGUAUCAGAUAACUAAAACCGUAACUCUGACACCCCCCAGGAGCUUUCGCCACCACUUGCGCUCUUACUUGUGUCAUUUCUCUUCUAUUCUCUUCUCUUCUAUCCUCUUCUCCUUUUUUUGUCUCAAUAACAUGGUUUGCCUUGCCAACUCCUUUGUGCCAGAACUGUGGCACAGACUUGAUGACAAGUGUUGGGUGAAUAGUCUGAAACACUUUGUAAAUGUAAAUGUAAUUUUUGACCCCUCCUUUUUUUUUCUUUUUCUUUUUACUGACAACUGCAUGAAAUGUCCCCUCGCUCCCUUCAUUCUCUUUCAUUAACGCGCCCUUAGCGUGGUGUUUAUUGAAUGCAAGAACUACUUUUUACUGUUGUAAUGUAAAAGUGUAUACUUAGUGCUUAAGCUGAAGGCUUUUGGUGGUCUUUUUAACGUCUCCUCCAUUUUUUCGGUUAUUUUUCUGUGAAUGAAUGUGCCCAUUAGCGUAGUCCCUCCCCUGUUAUAAGGAUAUGAAAUGUUGUCUGUAUCUGAAUGAACAGAAUUGUGGGAAGUGACUUGUCUUGCAUGAGCACCGUUAUGUUGUGUCACACUCGCUCGAGUGACCCGAUGCUGACUGUGCAACAGACUUGUGGUAAGGUCUUUGGAUUCUCUUCAUUUUUUGCUCUUUAUCGUGCUUGUUGGUGUCUCUUUUAUCAGAAGGAUAUGGCCCUCAGUAGUCUUUCAAUUUCAAGUGUCAAGUAUGUUCUCUCUUAUUUGGGAAGCUAGCCAAGCACUACAGGUUUCGCUCUCAAACGGAGCAUAUAUACUGUACAGGGAGUGAAAGAAUGUCAGCAUACAAUGUAAAAUGAACCACCUUUCUCCUCAGUGUCUUUACCUCCUUUUAAUCCCUUUGUUUUUUUAUGCUUUAUUGUGACUGACUACAAAGUCUUCCUCCACAUACUGAGAGGGUAGAAGUAGUAGAUUUCAAAAUCAUGACCUUGUAAUUUCAAAAUGCAGCACAUAUCACUUAAGUUAUUAAAACCCAUUUCCGUAUUUUACUCCUCACAUUCAGUUUGGUUAAAAGCAAUUGUUUACAUUGUGUUCGUAACAUAGCACAGGUGACUUUAGUGGGCACGUUUCAUUAUGGAUAUUUUCUUUUCUUUUUUUUUAACCCUUCUUUUUGAGUAUUUAAUCUGCAUCCCCAAAAACACCCGAAACACCUGCUUGACAUUGAAAGUAAUGGAAUCUAUGAUGCUGUCUUUGGCAAGAUGCAGAACAAACAAGCCUUGUACAGUUUGAGACCUCGUUUUUAACAUGUAAAAUGCUUUUGGAUACUAGUUUUUGUUUUUUGUUUUUUCUUCUCUAACGUCUGGCAAAAGUCUCUUUAGCCGAGCUGCGUCACUUGGCCUCUGUUGUGUGAGGCAGCUGGCUCAAUACUGUGAAACUGGAGGCGCUGUAGAUAGCAUGUAAGAGGUUUUUAUUGUAAAUUGUUUAUUUCUGUAUAGAUCAAAGGUGAGAGUACAAAUGACAAAACACAUCUUACACAUCUGUGAGUGCUACAUGUCAUUUCAACUGAGGCUGGAAGAACUGAUUGAACUCAUGCCGGUGAUUUUGGAGCCGUUGGGAAUUUUCUCCUGAGAUAGCGUAGAGUACACCUGAGGCUAAAGAACGAAGAACGUGGUUGUGAUUGUGGGUGAGAGAGAAGAACCUGUUUCUCAAAAUCCUUAAUCCUUUUUUACCUAAACAAAUGUGUAACAGUAAGGAAUUACUGUUUUUUCCCCCCCUUACGUUUGGCCAAGUUAUACAAUGAAGUACAACUGCAGUCUGAGUUUCAAUACCACUAUUUUGUUUAGCAGUUUGUAGGCCUGAAGUCUUUUUCAAGCUAGCAGCUGUACCACCAGUGUCAGUUUCCCAGGGAGAGUUUCGUUCACUGGUCUUACUUAAGAGCCCAAACGUCAUACUGUAAUUAUCUGUCUAUAUUCAAACCUGCAAUAACUUAUUUUUUUGGCCACCUGGAGCCAUUGAAACAAACUGUAAACACACAAUGACAUGUUAUCACCUUUUCAGUAAUAUGGCUAAAUUGUUGGCAAUUGCCAGUUGCCUAUUUAUGCAUCCAGCAGUAAUGGGGAAAACAUUGGCUUUCAUCGGUUGAAUUGGUUUUCAGUCUCCUUUUAGCUCCUUUUUGGUCUCCACCAAACCCUGAGGGAAGUAUAUGGCUCUUGUAGCUGAUAAAUUUCCACUAUUUAACACUAUUUAACAGCUAGUUAACACCAACACCAUUUACCUCAUUGUUGGAUAAUAACUUCGAGCACUUGAUCAUUUAAAUAAAGAUAAAUAAAUGAUUUGAUUGCAAACAAAAAUAAUUUAGCCUUGGUUAAAAUGUAGAGGUGCUCAAGGUUUACUGUCCGGUAAAGGAGCAGUUUCCAAUUUAAGUUUGAAUAUGGACAGAAAACGUCAGUACAAACUGAUGAGAAGCCUUUUGUUGGAAAUCACAUUGAGAACUGACAGCUAGUGGAACAAACGCUAACCAGGAAAAGAGGCGGGAAGGCUCUUUACAGUGGCAGCAGUGGCUGUCAAUUAGUGGUGACUGUCUUUCUUAGUCUUUCUCCCAUUCAUCGUCAAAGCGGGCAUCACUGUCCCAGCAAAUUGAGCUUUACACAGACUCCUUAUAUGAGCCUGUGAUAAUCCAGGAAUUCAAAUGUUUUUUUUCUGAAUGACAGCAUAAGUGAAAGGAGUCUGAAGUCUCCUUCACAACAAGUUGAGACUUUGAGCUGGUUUUACUGCUGUGUAUCAGAAAGGUGUGGUGGCCAAAGUCUUGCUUUAUGAUGCCCUACCUGGCACUUCCUGUGAGAUUUUGUGUUGAUUAGAGCUUUUAGUCUUCAUCUAAAUGUGCAAUUAGAUGUUAAGGGGAUGAACCUGUAUAUGGUGGAAAAACAAAACUCAACCCUGGGUAAUUGGCAAUGAUCUAAUUCACUCUUGGUGGUUUGGUGUGGGUGACAGGUACUGUCAAAAUGAAUGUGAGGAGGAUUUCCACAAAUAACAGACAGUGACUUAAUUAUUAAUGACCACUUUUUACUCAUCCUUUUUUUUUUGUUUCUCCUUUAAUUGGUUCUGUUUUUGACAAACUAUGUCUUGUGUAAAGCUAACACAGCACCCAUACAGCCAGAGGACAAACACUGGCUUUGGUCAAUAAGGAUUAGUGUCCAUUUAAAAAGACAAAAACAAGAAAAACUUCCUUGUAACUCUGUCAUAAAUAGAGUAAUUUAGGCUGGAGUUCAGGGGGGAAUUUAAGAAAUAAAUAUCUCCACAUAAAUGGAGUUAUGUGGAGCAAACACAUCUACCCUUUCUUCCUGGAGAUUUCUGCUGUUGUAAUUGGCUCCUUUGUACGUUGGAGUCUUCUGAACUUGGGCAAAACAGAGGAUUUAUUAGUGAAAGUACAAUUGCGGCUUCAGAUAAAGUCACUUCCUUUUAAUUUACCAAAGUUGAUGAUUUAAAUAUUGUAUUGCCACGUCAAUUAGCUGGCCCCAUCUUGUGGCCAAAGCAAAAAAUAUAAUAAGCACAUCACUUAACAGCUGAGGAUUGUAACAUUCAGUUUCCUAUAGCAUCAUGGUCAGAUCAUUUUAUCAACGGAAUGACUUUAAAAUAUAUAUAUAUAUAUAGAAAUUGAUUUAAAACAUUUGCCCCCAGUAUACUUGCAAUUGAAUAAACAAACUAAACACGUGCACUUGUAGCUGUUGACCUCAGCCUUGAAGUUACAUACUUGUUGAAAUUGUGUUCUCCAAGGUAUAUGUGUCACUGGAAUUUUCUUUUCCUCUCUUUUGUCAUUUGAGACUAUGGAAUAAAACCAGUGCGAGAAGACUAAAGAUUGUAAUAUAAAUGUGCCAACAAAUAAACACCAGUAUUUCACAUUCAG